AUGUUUUUUGCCAUCCACGACAUCAACAGCAACAUCAAGCUGCUACCCAACACCACAUUUGGGUUGCAGGUCUACGAUAAUGUCUUUAAUACAAGGUUUACUAUGAAGAACAUGCAAGAUCUUCUCUUUCAGCAACAAGGGAAUCCCAUCAACUACAACUGUGUCAGAAGGAGCAAGAGGAAGCUCCUGGCUAUCCUUGGUGGCCUCACCUCCCCAAACUCCAUCCAGAUGGCCCACAUUCUGAACAUCUACAAGAUUCCCCAGCUUCACUACUUCCUGAGACAUGUGCGUUUUAACAAUAGUGUGGGAGAUGAAAUCUUUUUUGAUGAAAAGGGGGACUUUGACUCAGGAUACGACAUCUUCAACUUGGUCACCUUCCACAAUCAAUCCUUCCAGAGCAUGCGGAUUGGGAAGAUGGACCCCAAAUCUCUUGAGGAGAAAAAGUUCACCAUCAGGGAAAGUGCCAUUAUGUGGAAUCACAAGUUUCGGCAGUAUGUGUACCUCCCCGUGCCAGAUGUGUUGAGAGCUGCCACCAGGGAUGCCGACCAAUGUCAAAUGUGCCCAGAAGAUCACUAUUCCAAUGAAGAAAACAAUCAAUGCCUUCUCAAAAUGUUCAGCUAUUUGUCCUUCAGGGAACCCUUAGGAAUCAUCCUGAUUUCCUCUGUUCUUUUCUUUUCAGUGACCAUCAUUAUGGUGGCAAUAAUCCUUAUUCUGCACUGGGACACCCCCAUUGUCAAAGCUAACAAUAGGAACAUCACAUGUGCCCUGCUUUCUUCACUCUUCCUUUGCUUUCUGUGUCCAUUUCUGUUCAUUGGUUGGCCUGGAGAAGUGACCUGCUUUCUCCGGCAAACAGCAUUUGGCACUGUUUUUUCUAUCUCUGUUUCCUGCAUCUUGGCAAAAACCAUGACAGUAGUUCUGGCCUUUCUGGCCACCAAGCCAGGAAACCAGAUGAGGAAGUGGGUAGGGAAAAGACUGGCAGGAUUUGUCAUCAUCUUCUGUUCUUCCAUUCAAAUGGGCUUCUGUGCAGUGUGGCUGGCCACGUCUCCUCCCUUCCCAGAAUUGGAGAUGCAUUCCCUGACUGAUAAGAUCAUAGUGCAAUGCAACGAAGGAUCAGAGAUCAUGUGGUACAUUGUCCUGGGCUACCUGGGGCUUCUGGCCAGCAUCAGCUUUGCUGUGGCUUUCUUUGCUAGGAAGCUGCCUGAUACUUUCAAUGAAGCCAAGCUGAUCACCUUCAGUAUGCUUGUGUUCUGCAGUGUUUGGGUGUCUUUCAUCCCCUCCUAUCUGAGCACGAAGGGAAAAUACAUGGUGGCUGUGGAGAUCUUCUCCAUCUUGGCCUCUACUGCUGGGCUAUUGGGCUGCAUCUUCCUCCCCAAGUGCUACAUCAUUCUCUUGAAGCCACAGUUAAACACAAAAGAACAUCUGACAAGGAGGGUAUUUUAG